CACUAUAAGAAGCUCAAGAAGACUGUUCGAUCUCCCGGUAUUACUCCCGCGCCUUGUUAUUGUUGUGUUUGCCUUCUCAUUCCAAGCAACAACAAGAGAAGAGAGAAGAUAUCACAGCAAGGUACGAUGAAAGGAAAAGAAGGUCCAUCUUCUUCGCCACUUGCGGCAGUUGCCUGCUGCAUGUGCGGCGAUCCCGGGAUAUCUGAUGAGCUUUUUCGGUGCAAAAUCUGCCAUUUUAGACUUCAGCACAAAUACUGCAGCAAUCUCUACCCAAAAAUCAAGCAUUACAGCUCUUGCAAUUGGUGCUUAAGAGAGGGAGGAGGGAACUCUGCUGUUCAAGAAUCCACCAUGGAUCAAAGCCAUUCUCUCUCGUCCUCCUCUGAUCUUGCAGCUGGUGCAGGUUUCGGAGUUAAGGUCCAUCGAGAUGUCUCUGCAACACAUCUCAAGACUCUCAACAAGACUGUCAAGAAACGCCGAACGACUGCGAGGCUGUCACCGCCGGCUGUGAUUGAGAAAUCGCAAUCAGACUUGCCCUCGUUGAGUUCCAGCAGACCGAAGCAAGCCUUUAGAAGUAAGGUUAGGAAGUUUAAGCUUUUGGAAGAGGUAUGCAGCUAAACAUAUACAGCUACUCAUGUACAUGUGCACUACCUGGAAGCUCCAUACCAUCCUGGUUUUCUUCCGGUUGAGAGACAUAGAAAGAGGAUUGUAAAACACAAGUUCUGCGAGUCACUGAUGACCUAUACAUAAAUAUUAUGGCAAUGGUAACACUACUGUUGUAAUGAGGCUUUGCUGAGGAAGAACUACUCUCUUUACUGAACUCUAAUAUUUAGGGAGUCUAAUUUAGAUUGGAAACAUACAUGUGUGUUGAGGUCGUUGAGGAUUGACCACUCCAGGUGUCGAAUGGGCCAACAUUUGAAAUGGCCAAUGUGGAAACAAUGCAGGUCAUGUUACAGUGGGCUUCAUGGAGCGACAUACAUUGGAAACCCAAUUCCAGAGAUGGUCCGGCCAUUUGAGGAUGGCCGCCUGUCGAAGGUUUAUUGUUUUCCCUCCUCAACUACCUACCUCGCGGUUCGAUGUCUGGAAGGUGUGGGUCCCGCUAGAAACCCCAGUGAUAGGCGUCGGAAACAAGGUUGGUGGCUGCGACGCCCGAACGGAACGGUCGUUCUGCUUCACCAUCGUGGAGCGCCCGGCACCUCCAGGUGCGUGAUUUAGACGAUGUUUCGCGGAAUAACCAGCUCUUAAGCUGUACCCACCGCUUUACCGAUGCCUUGCCCGGCUCGGUUUUGUUCUUUGAACCGACAACCAGGAGAUCUCAUUGGACGUUCAUUGUGUUAACAAUACUCCGCGGAGCAUUCGAACUCCGACACCAUAUAAAACUAACCCUCACUUCUCCUCUUCCGACUCGGAACGAAAGGCAGAGUUCUCCCGCUUUAACGGAGCGAGAAACGGGAAGGGCAGCAAGGGAAUAUUCCGUUGUGUUGUUGUCAGGUCUGCGAUGGGGAGCCUAGCGGAAGCGGACGAGGGCAUCAACCAUCCCCGGAGGCGACCGAGGUUCCUAUGCCUCCACGGCUUCCGCACCAGCGGGGCGAUCAUGCGGACGCAGGUGGUGGGGAAGUGGCCGGAAGAGGUCACCGCUCGUUUGGACCUUGUCUUCCCAGACGCGCCCUUCCCCGCCGAGGGCAAGUCUGACGUCGAAGGCAUCUUCUCUCCUCCCUACUACGAGUGGUUCCAGUUCGAUAAGGAUUUCAUGGAGUACACGAACUUAGAUGAAUGCUUCGCGUACAUCGAGGACCUCAUGAUCCAACACGGACCGUUCGAUGGCCUGAUGGGCUUCUCCCAAGGUGCGAUUCUCUCGGCGGCACUUGUAGGUCUUCAAUCUAAGGGUAUCGCGUUGACGAGGGUGCCGAAGGUGAAGUAUCUGAUAAUAAUUGGAGGGGCGAAGUUCCAGUCACAGCCGGUGGCCGAGAGGGCUUACGCGGCUGCUAUCGAUUGCACAUCGCUCCACUUCUUAGGUGACAUGGACUUUUUGAAAAAGCAUGGUGAAGUACUAUUGGAGUCUUUUGUAAAGCCAUAUGUCAUCCGGCAUCCCAGGGGUCAUACUGUCCCCAGGCUUGAUGAUAAAAGUCUGGAGACAAUGCAUGAUUUUCUUCAGAAGAUUGAAAAUGAUUUGCCCUCUGAUGAAACAUCAAAUGACAAACAUGACGAAGUUUAUAUGAGUUAAGACCCUCAUAUCUUGUUUUCUCCGCAAUUCUUGGUAUUCUGAAUCAAGCAUCUGUCUAGUUGUAUUCAGAGAACAGGUGAUAUGCAUCAGCAAGUUUGAAUUUUAGCGGAAACAUUUUCUUCUCUCCUUACUAGGAGUUUCUCAUUUACAACUCUGUAUGUACGACGGUGACAAGCAGAAGUUUAAUCAGCUGUGAAACACCUGUCUGAAUAGGGUGAUAGCAAAAGGUUCCUUUUUGCUGUAGACAAGAUCAUAUAAUGGUGAAGUCCAAUAAUCUGAUACUUUCUACUCAAUAAAUUUCAUUGUAGACAUGUACUGGGCCAUUUGAAAUGGCAAGUAACUUUUUUUAUGUCAAGUUAUUGAAGUCAAGCGAAUGUCCAUAGAUUGAA